AUGAAGGAGCUUGAGCUGGAAGAUCCUGCAGCAUUCAAGAACUUUAUGCAAAUGGAGCCUGCAAUGUUCCAAGAAAUUCUGCAGAGGAUCACACCUAGGAUAGAGAAGCAAGACACCUUCUGGAGGAAAGCACUGGAACCUGGAGUCAAAUUGGCCAUCACCAUCCGCUUCCUGGCAACAGGCGACUCGUACAAGUCCUUGAUGUAUAACGUCCGAGUGCACGCCUCCACCAUCUGCAAAUUCAUCCAGCCAGUCUGUGAGGCCAUCAUAGCUGAGUAUAGCGGCAAACUGGUAUCUUGUCCUACAACUCCAGAAGCGUGGUUGCAGGUAGCUCAAGGGUUUGAAUCCAAGUGGAAUCUACCUCACUGCAUAGGAGCUAUUGAUGGAAAGCACAUUGCCAUGAAGUGCCCUAAGAAUGGCGGCUCCCUCUUCUACAACUACAAGGGGUUCCACUCCAUAGUCCUGAUGGCAUUGGUCGAUGCUGACUACAAGUUCCUGGCCCUGGACGUUGGUGCUUCAGGAUCUGGGUCAGAUGGUGGUAUCAUUGAAGGUACAGACCUGAAACGGUGCAUGGAAGAUGGAUCCAUUGGCCUACCUCCUCCUUCUCCACUGCCUGGUGGUGACAGACCUGUGGGUUACUACAUUGUGGGUGACGAUGCAUUUCAACUGAAGACAUGGCUAAUGAAGCCGGUGCCUAGCAGAAACCUCACCAUUGAAGACAGGAUCUACAACUACAGGCUGUCCAGGGCCCGGCGGGUGGUCGAGAAUGCCUUCGGCUUGCUGAGUAGCCGGUAA